GAUCGCGCUAGAGAAUGCAGACGGCGCGUGCCUAGCACCGACGAAACGUGAGCCAAGGACGCCGAGUGCAAGCGUCGUCAACGCACCCGCCGUUCUGCUCCGUCGAUGGCCUACCAACAAUCCGCUACAUACGACGACUAUCCAGGAAACGACCUGGACAUCAUCCGAGGAGACCACAGAUCAGACGUCCGUCUACGUCAAACGGGGCGGCGGACCUCCGCGAACUCCACCAUUCGUGGCCAAGACCAGGGCCAGGCGAACGAAGAAGUGGCCGAAGGCACCCUCUACUACAAGCAGAAAGCAACCACCUUUAUUUCCCACUCUGCCCCACAUCUUGGAAACACUACUGCAUGCUACCAAGAUGUGAAUGAUUAGCUGAGGAACGCAACAAGAAAGUGCGAAGAAAUGUUUCCACAAUCGGUGGCGAGUCUAAGCGACCACAGGAACAUCGAAAGCUUGAAGCAAGUGGCUGGGCCCCAAGCCGACGAACACAAGACCCGAGAAGUGUUCUGCGCACAACGAGAACUAUUCCAACCAUACAUCGACUGCGUUAUGAAAAGUCAGAGGGACAUGCUGAAGGCGUAUGCUAAACUAUCGCCGACGGAACUGCGGGCUGUUCGGGACGGUCUUGUAUGCUUGCUGACAACAUGGAAUGAACUACUUCGUACCUAGCAGAUCAAGUUCAAAUAGAUUGAAAACUCUAUACGAAACCAUUCUUUCCAUCCGUGUUGUUUCUCAUUUUUGGACAAAUAUUUGAUGUUUGUGGAUUUAUUAGCUUAAGACCUAGGCGGAGUUGUCAACAUCAGAGUGCAAAUUAAAUUUCACUCUUUGUGAA